AUGGAGUUGACUUGUUUCUUCUACUUUUUCCAGAGCUCCUUUGAGCCUUCAUCUGAACCUAUUCGCUCUCAGUCCUUGACCACGUUUGCUGUGCCCACCUCUCCCAGCAACACCGAGCGCCCCAUUGGUUUCAGCACCUCAGCCACCACCCAACACUGUUUGGCUUCUUCAGCUUCUGAACACAAGAUGGCUUUUAGCCCCAAAAAACAAAAGAAGAAGAACCCUCAAGCGACAGUGAAGCCAAAGCAGGAGGAGCUGAGCCUUCCACUGGUUGCUGAAGAGAAGAGUAAAACCAAACCAAAAGCAACUCAUGAAAAGAAGCCAAAAAAAGACAGUGCAGGUCCCUUGACUCAGGAACAGAGCAACAACACUGAUUCUAAGACAACAGAUCAGGCUACAAAGACAGAUGCUACAGGGAGUCAGGGCUACUUAGCAUAUGGAAGACAAAGUGGAAAAAAAAGGAUCAAGUGCUCAGGAAAGAGUGAGAGUAGACCCAGAGGAAGGAGCACUACAAAAUCUAGUCGAAGGCUUGACUUAGGUAAUAGAGCUGGGUCCCCAUCUGCCGAUAAGUCUGCCAGGGAUAGCCAUUUCCGGCGGUUGCCCUUGGAGAAGCAAGUCACGGGGCAGCCCAUAGCUCUAGCCACUCAAGCGGAAGCCACUACUCCUCCGGAGUUGCUUUCAGAUAAAAACUACAUGGAACAGAGAAAGGCUGGUUUAGAUUAUGAAACCAGAAAAGCAUCAGUAUCUCAUCCUAUACCUAAACACAGGAAAGCACCCGUGAUUAGUGGUUCAUCAAAAUACCAUGAAGAUAAGGCUUCAGGAACCAAGUCAGAAGCCAGAGCUUCUCUUUUAUCAGUGGUGGAAAGCCCCUCUAUAACCCAAGAAGAUGUCAUGUUCUCAGUGGCAGGGGAGGCUCAGGUGUAUAUGAGUCCUUCUCACAUCCAGUCAGAAGAGGAAGCUGCUUCUAGCUUUCAUUCACAAAGUACCAAAUUUAAAAUGGAGUCAGCUCAAGAUAUCUCAAAUAUCUGCAAAAGAAGUCUCCUGAAAUGUCCCCCAGGCCUUUCCAGUAAGCAUUUGGGUAUGGCAAGAGAUUUGCCAGAGAGAGGCAUUUCUGUGGAGAGGCUGCCCCCCAGAAGUCUCUCCCAGUAUGGGAAACCAGAAGCUGAAGAAGUCGCCUCAGAUGGAGACAGUACUUCAGAGAUGGAAAGUGGUUCUGAACAGCAGCUGGCUCCUGGAUACUUUUUGCAGUCCUCAGGGGACCCCGAAGAUGAUGAAGAAGGCUUUGCAGAAUCAAGCAUUUUGUUGGGGAAAUUGAGCAGUUCUCAUGAGCAGUUUAUUCCCAGUCGUGUGUCCCAAGCUCUGGGGGAGCCUAAAGAUGAAGUGUCCACAGAAUCAAGUAGUUAUCUUGCAAAAUACAAUACUGCUAAGGGCUGGAGCAGCUCUGAGGAAGAUCAGCCUCCUAGACACCCUUCCCUGGCCUUGGAGAAGCCCAAAGACCAAAAGGAAGUAUUCUCAGUUUCAAAGAAUACAGCUGAGGAGUGGGGUCUUUCUGUGGAGCAGGCUCCUCCCAGACGCCUUCCUCAGCCUUUUAUGAGGCCAUUUGUUCAGCAACAACUCUCCAAAGGUUCAAUGAAUACUUCUUCAGAAUGGGUGCCAAUGCCUUCCAGGCACAUUUACCAGCCUUGGCUGAAGCCCAAACCCAAGCAACAAGCCUCUGCCAGUCCAGAGAGUACUGCUCUUGAGUGGGCCAUUGCUAUGGAGCCACUGCCUCCCAGAGUGUCUUCAAGGCGCCAGUUGAGGCGUAAAGUUGGGCGACCAGUCUCCUCAGGUCCAGAAAUUGCUGUUAUUGAAGGGAUCACUUCUAUGGAACUACCACCUCCAGGAACUCAUUCUCAGCCCCUGGUGAAACCAAUAUCUGAGCAAGAAAUCUCUGCAGGUCCAGAGAGCACGGUUGUUGAGGGGAGAAUUGCUAUGGAGCCUCUGCCUCCUAAACUGCUUGCCCACCGCUUGAUGAACCCAGAAGUUGAACAAAAUGUGUUCUUAGGUUCAGAGGGUGCUGAGAGAGUCAUUUCAGUGGAGCCACCAUUCUCGGAAUGUUGUCCCCAAUGCUUGACAAAUCCUGAAGCCCAGCAUAUCAUCUCAGAGGACACUACUGGUAAUGAAGGCAUGUUUGUAGAGCUGCUGCCUCCAAAAUGUCCUUGCCAGCCUUUGGUCAGGCUUAAUUUACAGCCAGAGAAUAUUACCUGUGACUCAGGGAGUGCUUCCAAAGAAUGGGGCAGUCCUAUGGAGGUGAUGCCUCCAAGACACACCUUCUACCCCUAUGUGAAAACCAGCUUUGAACAACCCUCUGCAGGUCCAAAGAGCACUGCUGUGGAGUGGGGCAUUCCUAUGGAGCCACUGCUUCCCAGAAUGCCUUCUCAGCCCCUGAUGAGACCAGUUGCCCAGCAAAAAGUCUUCGAACGUCCAUUGAGUGCUUCUGCACAAUGGAGUGGUCUUGUGGAGCCAAUACGUCCCACAAAUACUUACCAGCCCUGGAUGAGCCCUAAAUUCGAGCAACAAGCACAUACAGGUCCAGAGAGCACUGUGGCUGAGAGCAGCACUUUGACAGAAGCGCCACCUCCCAGACAUUGGUCCAUUGUUAGACAUAAAGUUCAGAAAAUGUCGCCAAGGUUUGAGAAAGCUGCUGUUGAGAGAGUCAUUUCUGGGAGAGCACAGCCUCCCAAAUAUCCCAUCCAUUUCUUAAACUUUGAAGCUCAGGAAGUAUCCUCAGAUCUACAGAAUACUGCUGUUGAAGGAGGCAUGUCUAAGAAAUCACUACUUUCCAGGUGUCCUUCCCAGUCAUUUGUGAAGUACAUGGCACAGCAUAUCUUUUCAGAGAGCACUGAUAAGGAACAGCAGGUUUAUGUGGAUCCUCUGGCUUCAAAUCAACCUUCCAAAUCUUUGCUGGGUCCUAAAGUUGAGUACCAAGUUUUCUCAGGUUUCGAGAGUGCUGAUAUUGAGGGAGGCAUCUCUUCGAAGCUGCUGCCUACCAAAUGCCCUUUACAGUCCUUGGAGAGGCCUGAAAAUCCACAAGAAGUUUUCUCAUAUUCAGAGAGUGCUCCUGUGAAGUGGAUCUGUCCUCAAGAGCAGUGGCCUUCCAGAUACCUUUCCCAGACAUAUGGAAAGUUUGAGCAUAAGCAAGUAGUCUCCUCAGUUUCUCAGAGGUCUCUUGAAGAAUGGAGGUGUUCUGAAGAGCAGCAGCCUUCCAGAUAUACUUUCCAAGCUGAGGGUGGGGCUGAAUUCCAGCCACAGAUUUUGUCAACAGGCUCAGUGAGUGUACCUAUAGAGUGUAGCAGUGCCGGGCAUCACCUGCCUCCCAGACAACCUUUUCAGGCUUUUGCAGGUCCUGAAUAUCAGCAACAAGUUUAUUCAAGUUCCAUGAGUGCUGCUGCUAAGGCAACCAUUUUUGAGAGCAAUCCUAGCAGUUGUUCCCAAACAACAGGUCCAGCUUCUCCAAACGAAACUAGAAAACACAGCCAAGGCUCUGAAGAUCUCAUUAAGAACAUCCCGACUUCUGCUACCAAACCUGUGAAGUCCACUGUCACUCCUGUUUGGCCAACAUCCAUUUCUGGGGAUAGUUAUCCUAAGGAAGAAGUUCCUGAGAGUAGUGAUCGAAAUGAUGGCUGUUCAAGUUUAUCCACCAGUGAGGCUGAUGUUGAAAACCUUUUUGGAAUCCGACUGAGGAGGAUCCCUUCCUCACAGAAGUAUAAGAUUAAGGAACAGGAGCAUUUUACCAAGCUUCCUUCACCCUCCUUGGGCCCAAUUUCAACUUCUGUAGGUAGAGAAUCAGAAAUCAAAAGUGCUUCCAAGGUACUCCUCCACACUGAAGAGAACCUCACCGCAGUAUCUGACUUUGCAGAGAAGCAACAGAGCAAGACCAAAUCUGACAGCAUGCCCAAGAAGCAACCUGCUUACAAGAUCCCAGGUAGGACUGCUGAUCAACAAUCAGAUUAUGCCACCUCAGAGCCAGUUUGGAUAACCAUGGCAAAGCAGAAGCAGAGGAAGUUCCAGGCUGAGAUUACUAUGGAAGAGCUGAAAGCCAAUAAUAGAGCUGGACCAGAGACUGAGACUAAGGUAGGUAGAUAUGAGGGAGCUGGCUGUGUACAUCAAACCGAACCAAGAGAGAUUUUCACUUCCAAUGUCGAUAGACAGGAAAAUAUUGAACAGAUGACACUACCUAAGUCCACUGAUCCAGGAUUUGAAAAUCAGAAGAUAUUUCAAGUGCCUGCCACAAGAAAAGAAACCAGACAUUCUUCAGCUCACCCAGCCAUGUUCCAAGAGCCAGCUGAGCCAAUCUGGUUCUCCAUGGCCAAGAAGAAAGCCCAAGCAUGGAGCCAUAUAACAGAAAUCAUGCAGUGCUGGCUCCUGGGUGGAGCAUCAGCAUUUCAAAUGAUAUUUGCUCAGAGCUGUACUAAUGCCAUGUACUGA